UCUGGAGAAGAUGGGUCACAAUCAGGAGGAGGAGGAGGAGGAGGAGGCAGCGGAGGAAGAGGAGGGUAGUUCCUGGAAGAAACAAACCAGCAACAUCAGAAAAACAUUCAUUUUUAUGGAAGCUCUUGGAUCAGGUGCCUUUUCAGAAGUUUUCCUGGUGAAGCACAGAGCCACUGGCAAGCUUUAUGCUUUGAAGUGCAUUAAAAAAUCACCAGCCACUCAGGAAGGCAAUCUUGAGAAUGAAAUAGCUGUGCUGAAGAAAAUAAAGCAUGAUAACAUAGUGACUCUGGAGGACAUUUAUGAGAGCACAACUCACUAUUAUCUGGUCAUGCAGCUCGUGUCUGGAGGGGAAUUAUUUGAUCGCAUUUUAGAACGUGGUGUUUACACUGAAAAAGAUGCAAGUAUUGUAAUUCAGCAAGUCCUGGGAGCUGUGCAUUAUCUUCAUGAGAAUGGAAUAGUCCACCGGGAUCUGAAGCCUGAAAACCUGCUCUAUCUAACUCCAGAGGAGGAUUCCAAAAUCAUGAUCACAGACUUUGGUUUGUCUAAAAUGGAGCAGAAUGGCGUCAUGUCUACAGCAUGUGGAACUCCAGGAUAUGUCGCUCCAGAGGUGCUAGAACAAAAGCCAUAUAGCAAAGCUGUGGAUUGCUGGUCCAUAGGAGUCAUCACUUAUAUCCUCCUGUGUGGAUAUCCUCCUUUCUAUGAAGAGACAGAGUCCAAACUGUUUGAGAAGAUCAAGGAAGGCUACUAUGAAUUUGAGUCCCCAUUUUGGGAUGAUAUCUCUGAAUCAGCCAAGGAUUUCAUUUGCCAUUUACUGGAGAAGGAUCCAAAUGAGAGGUUUACCUGUGAGAAAGCACUCAGACAUCCCUGGAUUGACGGAAACACAGCCCUGCACCGUGACAUAUAUCCAUCUGUUAGUGCACAGAUCCAGAAAAAUUUUGCAAAAAGCAAAUGGAAACAAGCCUUCAAUGCUGCAGCUGUUGUCCACCACAUGAAAAAACUCCACAUGAAAUGCCAGCAAAAUUCCAAAAGCCACCCUCCGCUCAUACAAAUGCAAAAUAUAUCAAGGUCCAAUACUCCAUCCGUCACCACUCAGGAACAGUCCAGUCGUGAUGCCAGGAUGCUGAUCCCUGAGGUACCAUACCAGAAUGCUUCAGAUCUUUCUGAUCAGCAUAGCAAGAUGGCAGACAGCAAGUGUUUGGAUCGUCUGGCUAGUGAAUCCACUCCCAUCUCUACCAGUAUAACCACAGAAGACAUCCACAGCACUUCAAGCAGACCAGCGUUUGGCUGCAGUGCAGCAUGUGGGACACAUGAGAAAGUGAAGACAGCAUUUUGUUCAGAAACAGUACUCCUCAAAAGAGGUGCCAAACCCCAUCACUUCAAAUCAGAAGUCCUGGUUCCUGUGAAAGCCAGCAACCACUCAUAUUUUGGUGGUGGGCAAACUGGAGUUUGCUUGGUGAUGUGAUACAAAAAUCAGCCAUAUGAGUCAUGUGUACAUCCUUAGAGGAAGCCUAUUUGAUUCCUCAGAGCUUCAAAGUCAAACAUCACUUCUGCAAGAAGAGGGAGGGGCCUCUCCUGAGGUCUGCCAGGCAGAGCUGUGUCC